AUGCUUAUCGCCCUAAUAAUCGAAAUAUACGUCGCUAUCCGAAGCUGGUACGAUCGCUCGUGGCAUCGCAGAAACAAAGGGAGAAUCAAAAGGCUCCCCUUCAGCCUCGUAUUGAAGAUCGGCAUGGACAACGUUGCAUCUGAGUCCGCCACCGUUCGUUUCGUCCGCUCAAAUACGACCAUUCCCAUCCCGCACGUCAUCGCAUCCGACAGUGCCUUCGGAAAGACCUACAUGCUCAUGCGGAGGGUCGAUGGCAUAUCCCUCGAGUUCGCGUGGCACGAUCUCGAUACCAGACAACGUGCCAAUGUCGUCGAGCAGCUGCGUUCUUUCGUCACCCAGCUGCGAACCUUGUCACCCGCUCUAUCCCGCGGGCACGGUGUCGGCGCCGUAUGCGCUCUCAACAACGCCCCACUUUUCGACAGUCGCAUCACAUCGGUAGCACCUAUCGGCCCUUUCCCGAACGAGCGCGCUUUCAACGAUUAUCUCAUCACCGUUGCAGAGCCGUAUAUGGACGAGACGACUCUGCCCGCGAUACGUGCGCGUAUGCGUGAUGACCAUCAUAUUUGCUUCACCCACGGCGACCUCGCCCCUCGCAACAUUUUUGUUCAAGGAGAUACCGUCACCGCCAUCAUCGACUGGGAGGAGGCGGGGUGGUACCCGGAGCACUGGGAGAUUGUCAAGGCGCUCUGGUGCACACUGAAAGAUCCCGAAUGGCUUCGCGCUGUACGCCAUAUUGUGGCAGGCGACUUGGAGAGGGAGUGGAUGCUAGAUCGAGAGCUGACUGAUCACAUGGUGGGCGCAUUCUGA